AUGGCGUUCCGAUCUGUUGCACGAUCCUUGACACCACUGAGACAGGCAAUUCAUGCUCCUCGCCCAGCAUUCGCCGUUGCACGUCAACCAUCGGCAGCCUUUCACGCCUUGAGACCUUCUGUUACGUUAUUGAAAGCGAAAAAGGGCAAAGGCACAGUAGAGUUGCUUGAUGAGGAUGACCCAGAGCUUCUUGAAGCCGAGAUGCAGAAGCAAGCUGAAGAGACUCUUUUGAACAAAGCCAAAGAAUCCGCACCUUCCAAUGACAAUGCUACUUUCAGCACCUUGUAUGAAGCAUUGCUUGCCGAGACCAAAGAUCCCAAAGACAUGCAUAUCAUUCCAAAGCAUUCACGACUCAACAAUUUGAUCCAUCACGCUACCACCGCUGAACAAGUUGAACAAUUGCCCGUACUCGUCGAACAAUGGCGCAACAAGCUUCUUCCUGUCACUCCUUACACCUCUUCCACUCUUAUCGAUGUAUGCUGCCGAACAAAUCGAGGUGAUGUGGCGUAUACCCUCUUGGGCGAACGUCAACGAUAUGGAUUGUUGCCUGCAAAGACCGAUUUCGAAAAGACGAUCGCUUCGCUUGCUGCCAACGACCUUGAUAAGGCAUUUGUCACCCUUGCUAUGGUUCCUUUGUACGCACACACAAGGACAGGCGCCAUGUACAACUCGUUGUUGGAAGGAUGCUUAGCAACCGCUGAUGAAGAGAGCUUGGAAAAGGCUGUGUUGACUGCUGAGGAAUUGGUUGCUUCACAAGAGAUCGAGAAUAAGGUGGAUGCCAAGUCUGCAUUAGACAAACUCGCAAACGCUCUAUUGGAGAAUGGACAAGAGGACAAGGCAAAGCCAGUACAGGAGUUUUUGAGCACUUUGUAG